CCUAGAGUACACCCUAGAGAUUCUUUUACUUCGCCUAGGUUUUCAUUAUCAAAAACCAAUCUGACUCCCCUUUCUACUCAAAAAUCACCAAAGCCCAGAUUUUGUACGCUGUUAAAUACCUCCAAAAACAUUCCCAUCAAGAAGAAAAGCUUUGCUCUCCCAUUAACCGUAAGCACUCAACUAGCUAAAAGCACAGUAUGGCAGAAGCAGGGGUAGGAUCUGGUAAAGGAGGGUCACAGGAGAUAUCAUUGAAGGAUAAAGGGAACGAGUUUUUCAAAGCUGGGAACUACCUCAAAGCUGCUGCUCUUUACACCCAGGCCAUUAAGCAAGACCCUUCAAAUCCCACUCUUUAUAGCAAUCGAGCGGCGGCAUUUUUAAAUUUGGUUAAACUUAACAAAGCACUGGCUGAUGCCGAGACAACAAUCACAUUGAAUCCUCAAUGGGAAAAGGGAUAUUUUCGGAAAGGAUGCAUUUUGGAGGCAAUGGAACGAUAUGACGAUGCUUUAGCUGCCUUCCAAAUAUCUUUGCAAUACAACCCACAAAGUGCAGAAGUCUCGAGAAAAAUUAAGAGGCUUUCCCAGCUUGCAAAAGAUAAAAAGCGAGCCCAAGAAGUGCAGAACUUGCGAUCCAAUAUAGAUAUAGCAAAAAGCUUGGAAACAUUGAAAUCUGAAAUGUCUGAAAAGUAUGUAGCUGAAGAUUCUUGGAAAGAUAUGUUUUCUUUUCUUGUCGAGACAAUUGAAGCAGCUGUAAAAUCAUGGCAUGAGACUUCAAAAGUGGAUCCUAAAGUCUACUUCCUUCUUGAUAAGGAGAAGACCCAGAGCGAUAAAUAUGCUCCGGUCGUCAAUAUUGACAAGGCCUUUGAAUCACCUCAUACGCACAGCAACUGUUUUUCAUUUCUUAGGCAGUAUGCUGAAGAUUCUUUCUCUAGAGCAGCUUGCUUGGUUGCUCCUAAAAGUAUUAUAGCUUAUCCACAGGUAUGGAAAGGCCAGGGUUCGAGGAAGUGGAAACAUGGGCAACAUGAUGGUUUCUUUGUUCAAUUUGAGUCACCACUCUUGCGAAAACUAUGGUUUAUUUCAAGUUCCAAUGAGAUGGGGAAGACAUUGUGCAGGGAUCCGGAGGUUCUAGAUAUAGGCGCACAUGAAGUACUUCCACGCCUUUUCAAAGAAAAGAUGCCCAAUUCUUGAUGAGCUUUUAUAUUAGGCUGAAGGAAAUAGCCAGACGAACUGGUGGGACUUUGAUUGAAGGUUUACUUAAAGGUACCCGACAACAUAGCGUGCUUGUUGCUUUGAGCUGGAUAUGAAUUUCCUUUUAUAUGUGAAAAACUCACCAACUAGGUACCUUUUUUCCGAGUCACGUAGCACCCCUGUUCUUGGUUUUGGAAAUUUUCUAAAGAAGUUUACUGGCC